GCUAGUUACUGCUUUCUAGUCCCACCCUGGAAUGCUGUACAGCUGGUAGAAAAAUGGCUGCGGCGACCAUGUCUGGGGCCGACGGCCACAGGAUGGAGCAGAAGAAGUUCGAGUAUUUCUCCUCGAUGAACUCGAUGGCUAGGAAAAUAAUGCUGGAACGGGAGAAGAUCAAGGAGAGGUAUGGUUCGGCAUGGGAUACAAUGACUCAAAACGAGCAGGACGCCGCGAUCGACAAUGGAAUGAUGGACCCACACAUCCGAGCGAGAUACGCGAUGCACAAAGUCGACCGAGAGGAGGUCAUUUGCUAUCCGAGGUUGCUUAUACAGACAGGACAAAAAAUUGUCCAUUUCGGCGAGGAGGACAUCACCUGGCAGGAUGAGCACUCGGCCCCGUUCUCAUGGGAGACCAAGAGCCAGCUGGACUUCAACAUGACCAGUUCUCUCCCAGAGCAACCCGUAUGUACCUCCUCCUCCUCCAUCCAGGCCGACCCUAAACCGGCCAAAGUGGCCCAAAGCAACCAGCUGCCCAAGGGGACCCCGAGCGGCAAGCCAUCCAACGGCGAGGGCCCAAGUCUGGGCAGCAGGCAAGAGGAGGAGUCCUCCUUUUGGAAGAUCAGUGCGGAGCGCUCCAGGUUGGAUGGGGAGAAGGCCAACUUCCUCACCCCCAGCCAGAUCAAGUCCUUGGAGAAGGGCGAGAAGCCACUGCCCUCCUACCUGCGCCCCGAGACCCCUUCCUCCUCCUACCUGCGUUCGGAGACCCCCUCUCCCUCCCCGACCUCCAAGGAACCAGAAGACCCUCCUCCACCAUCCAGGUCCAACAAGCAGAGAGCCCCAAGGCCCCCCGCCCCCCCUCCUCCCAUCCCCGUCGCCAUCGCCGUGACCCCCGCCGCCAUCAGCGCCGCCCCAAGCCCCGUCAGCGUGUCGUCGACGGUGGCUGGCUGGGAGCGCGCUCAGAGCACGCUGCCGUCGGUUAGCAGCGCCCCCGAAGAGGUGUUUCUGCCGGGUUCCAAGACCCCCGCUCGCUCAGGCAGCGCGGGGCGAGACGGAGACAGGGUGGAGUCUCCCCCACUGGCCUCCAGCCCCACCUUUGCGCAGUUCAAUACGAGCAACAACAUCCUGAAGACUGGGUUUGACUUCCUGGACAACUGGUAACGACUGGUAACGCCACACCGCUCGACGGGCCAGGCCGACAGCAGGUGCACCAUCAGGAUCCAGGCUCAGCUGGCCCGUGUGUCUGUCUCUCUUUAUGCUGCCUGCUCGCACUCUUAUCACUCUGAAGGUGUUCAGCAUCAUAUCCCUGUCAUGUUAUUCCAGAUUAAAUGAAGUGUCACGGACCGACUUGUUAUUUUCGGCUCACUGCAUCCAACGUUCCACUUAGGUUGACACGCGACGUCGUCGUCAAGGUCAAAUAGCACGUUCGAAAGUGGACGUUUGUCCUCAGGCUUUACUGUUAAGUGUCGUCAAGGUAUGAAACCAGGUUAGGUUAGCUUGUUCAGGACGUUUCUCAUGGCCGUGUGCUUGUGUUUCCCCACCAACAAAGUCGCUAUCUCUUCCUUUCUGUUGUCCUUCGUUGACCUGAUUCUAUCCAUCCCUUAUCCUGGUACUGAGACCUUCCACUCGUGCUAUUAUGACGUAGUGUACAUGUAGGAUGCUGCAGCCGUCUUGUCGGCAUGUUUAGAUAAAGAAGCAUGACCUAAGUGAUUUGUACCACUCGCGUUAUUUAUCGAUGACCAUUUUACACAACUAGAGAGUACUAUUUUACUGACUUUUGUAUGUAGAGUAUAUUCAUUGAUUGUAUCAUAUGCUAUUAUAUUGCACUCAUGCAUUUUGCAAAUCACAGAUAAAGAGCUAAUAAAUGAAACUGAA